AUGGCCUCGCAAGUGGAUGGAAAGUACGCCUGGAUCGUUGUCGCAGCUGUCUUCUGGAAUAAUGCUCACCACUGGGGGAUACUUUCUAGUUAUGGAGUCUUCCUCGCCUAUUUCAUCUCGCACUCCACAUUUUCCGGCAGCAGAACCCUCGACUAUGCCUUCAUUGGAGGUCUUUCUGCAUCCCAGGCACUGAUCAUCUCACCCCUGGUCACCAUCCUUCAUCGCCGGUUUGGCCUCAGGGCCACAAUGGCUAUUGGCAUCCUGCUAGAAACCGCAGCCUUCCUGGGAGCGUCUUGGAGCAACAAGAUUUGGCAACUCUAUCUGAGCCAAGGCGUCUGCUUCGGCUGGGGUCUGGGGCUACAGUAUCUCUCGACCACAUAUCUGAUCCCCCAAUGGUUUAGCCGAAAACGCAGUCUAGCGGCUGGUAUUGCGACUGGUGGCAGUGGAACUGGGGGGCUGAUAUACUCCCUGGCCACGCAUGCCAUGCUGGCGCGGUUCAGCAUCGGGUGGUCCUAUCGCAUUCUCGCUAUUUGCCAGCUGGUCGUCAACUCAUUCUGCCUACUGGUUAUCCGUGACCGAAGUGCUCAGGACCACUCCAGCUCGCGGACAUUGAAGAUCAACUUCAGCCUGUGCGCCCGAUACGAGAUGUGGCUGUAUAUCGGCUGGAGCUUCCUCAGUGUUAUGGGAUUUAUGGUGAUCUGGUUCUCCCUGGCAACAUAUGGGCGAAGUGUGGGUCUUACCUCCACGCAAGGUGCUGUCGUCACCGCCGUUAUGAACAUUGGGCAGAUGUUCGGCAGGCCUGCGGUAGGACUCCUCUCUGACGCUGUCGGACGCAUCAACGUCGCUGCAUUUGCUACCUUUGUCAGUGGGUUGCUCUGCCUCUUACUUUGGACCUUUGCCCGCACCUAUUCUGCUCUUAUAUGCUUCGCCCUAUUCGCGGGUGCUUUCUUUGGGACUUUCUGGACGGUUGUCGGUCCUCUCGCAGCAGAGGUGGUUGGUCUCGCAGAUCUGCAGUCGUGUCUGACGAUCAUGUGGUUUAUUUGCGCUAUCCCGGCAACGUGUAGGUCUCCCCACAUUCUGGAGUGUGUCUGCUAUCUGCUAACGGAGCAGUCGGGGAAACAAUCGGCCUUGGACUUCGGUCUUCCGGACCUCAUGAGUUCCUCCGAACGCAACUUUUCACUGGAUUUAUGUAUAUCGGAGCUUCUUUAUGUUUAG